UCUAUGGUUUAUGUACGAGGUUGACAUGGCGUACCACCAUCAGUGGGACACAGCAUAUGAGACGGUGGGUGACUUUUAGAGAACAAAAAUUGUGUUUUGGUCCCGUUGUCAACAUGAAGCAAAGUUCAUGGGCCUACGAUGGCUAUGUGUGCGGGGAUCAUGAGAGAGAUUCGAACCGUAACCACUUGGACUAAUUGCUCACAACAACAUGCACGUAUAACCACCUCAGGAACUUGCCGGAUCCCAUCUUCACAAAUAACACACAUACCAAUCAAUAACUUUAAUAAUCAAAAUGAAUCGAUGAGUCUUAUAGUCACAAUGAAUAAAGUCAUUAGUUUGAAUGGAGCGAGAGUCGGGUCAAUUUAUCGAAUGUCUUCGUGCGUCGGUUACAGACAGCAAUCAUGUUAGUUGAGAGUGGACGGCCUUCAGAGAACAUUGGAAUGGGUUUUACAACAGUGUUCUAGUACCAUAGUAGCUUAAAGGAACUCAUUAACAACUUGCUAUGGAACAACACUUGUUGGUGUCACCCAUCGGUAUCAACUAGUUAGCAGAACUUUUUAAGAAGCACCCAUUAACACUUUGCCUGACAAGACAAGAGUAAUAUGCGGGCAUUACCAGUCAUUCUAGUUUCCGGAGUUUAUUGGAUUGGACGGCUGAGGUUGGUUGAAGGUGAUUCCAAACUCGACGGUGUGGUCCAAGCGCUCAUCAACGAUGAAUGGCGAAUGGUGUGUGGUCAGAACUGGACCUUAACCUCUGGCCACGAGAUAUGCAAACAACUUGGGUAUAUCGGUGGUGCAGUGAGUGUACGCUCCAUCCCGACACCGACCAUGCAGCUUGCAUCACCGACUGAAGAAACAGCACCCGUGCUUAUUGAGAUUGUACCGUGCAAUACGGAGGACCCUAGUGUCGAUGUGGCGGACUGUGAGGAUAACGGCUCGUCUGGAGAUGACUGGUGCAGUCUCUUCGAGGUUGCUUGGGUCAAGUGCUCUCAACCUGUUCCACUUUUUAAAGAAGAUGAUGAUGAACCGAUGUUACCUGAAGCUCUCCACAUGAACACUGAGCCGACAGCAGAGGUGCAGCCGGUUGUGAGCGAGAUCGGUGGAGGGAGCGUCACCCUCGACUGGACGGAGUGGAAUAGUGAGCUCGAGGUUGACGAUUUCUUCGUGAUCCGUUUCCUCAUCAAGUACCGGUUAGCGGAUAACGAGGCCGUCGUUGAGUACGCCACAUCGGCUGAGCUGCCUAGCUUCAUCACCAAACACACCGUGACGGGACUGAAAGAUCGGACUAAGUAUGAGUUUAUCAUUGAGGUUGUUCGGCUGGGAUCGGCUGGUGAAGAAGAGGUUGGACCGGUCAGCAAACCCUUCCUCGUCAAUAUGCCUUGUGGAGCUCCAUCCCAAGUCGUCAAUGCUGUACUCCAUCCUAAAUACGGCACAGGGACCGCAGUGACGGUGUCCUGGACAGAACCCUCAGAUAUUCACUGCCCUGCAACCUCCUAUGUUGUAUCGUAUAAACUCAAGACGUUGGGGAAAUGUGACGAACUUUUCAUGGCACGUCUUGGCAACACGAACCAAGCCAAUACCUUGAUUACUACAACCACGGAAACCACACUGGAACAACUGCACCCAUAUUCUACUUAUACUGUGUACGUGACGUCACGAAGCGAGCAUGGCGAGGGUCCAACUUGGGAAGGAACUGUCGGCACCAACGAGGAUGUUCCUUCCGCCAAGCCAUCAGGCAUCAGCGCCACGUUCUUCACCGGUACGGGGCUUCGGUUCACAUGGGACCCCAUCCCGUGUAACCACCGAAGUGGUACAAUCACCGGCUACACCUACAUUCUUCUAGACGCGACAACCGACCAAGUGACCCAUGCAGCAGAGACUGUCCUGCCCAGGUUGGAGUUGAUGGUGUCCCCCGAGGUCAGACAAUACAAAUUGCUGGUGGCGGCAAAGACUAGACUGGGACGGGGACCGUACGCAGCGUUCUCGGCAUCAGUUCAACCAAAAAUAACUGAGAUCUGUGGACGUACAAUAGAUCUACACUCAUCCGAGUCAUUGCAGAGGGUAACCCGUGGGGACACAGCUCUCAAAGGCUCGGCACCCUGGUUGGCUCAGCUCUGGUACAUCAAAGAAGGAACUCUGUUCUGCCAUGGUUCCAUCCUAAACGACCGUUGGAUCCUCACAGCAGCCCACUGUAUCAAAUCACGCAACACAACAAAGAACAAUCUACGAAUUCAUCUUGGAGACUUUGAUAAAGUACUACCCGAAAAGGAAGAGAGGGCAUACUCAGUGGAUGAUAUCGUUGUGCACAGUGGAUUCGACACCAAGCUAUUCGAUGCUGAUAUCGCACUGGUUAAAGUCGACAGAACUAUUCAAUUCACAGACUACAUCAGACCAAUUUGCUUACCCCAGAAAAAGGUGUCAAAGCAGAUGCUUAGCAUCGGCCGUCAGGGGCUUGUGUCAGGCUGGGGGAAGCUGACAACGAACGACAAUGAGUACCCACGGUACCUCAAGAAAGUCAUGCUGCCCGUCCAACAGCAAGCGGUGUGUAAACGCUCCACGGACUACCAAGUGACGCCUAAUAUGUUUUGUGCGGGUUACAGCCGAGCGGGUAUGGGGGACUCCUGUGAAGGGGACAGUGGAGCCCCUUUCGCCGUCCAGCACAUCAACGGCAGAUGGCAUAUUCUCGGAGUAGUGAGUUGGGGUGAGGGGUGCGAUCAAAUGAACAAGUUUGGAUUUUAUGUACGUCUUCAUAGGUACACAGCGUGGAUUAAAAAACAGACUGGGUUGGAACUCAGAUAGCGAUAAAAUAUAUUCGUCUACAGUUAGAAAAAACUAUUUUUGGUUGAUAGGUAAUGCAACUGUUAACAAAAUUAUACUAAGUGUAUGUACAGAUAUUCCAAAUACUUAUAUUCCGAAUCUGGACUUAACUUAAUUAAAUGUUUGCAUUUGGACAUAAAACUUGAAUACUCUAUAGUAAAGCUACGAACACUUAUCUUCAGUCUUAGCAAUGUAGGAUAUACUAUAUGUUACAUACUGCAUCGGUAUUUAAUUACACCCUUCUGGUAAUUUCCUGUGUGAUAAUUCGCCUGGAUUAGAGAGGUCAUUUUGGGAUAGACCGUCUCGUGGUCAGGUGACCCGGAUGACAAGUCCGUGUCUGUGUGAGACCCUCAUUCUAAUAUGGGUUGGUCUUUGGCCAGCUCAUCAUGUCGGACUGUUUUACUUUCAAACCCACAUUUUAGAGAGCUUUCUAGUUUAGACAAUAUUUUAGCUGUUCUAAAACAACGGUCUUUCAUAGUAACCACCAUGAAUCGUAGCGAAUAGAAGAAAUCCACGCGUAUUGUAAACAAUAACUAAAAUACAUACUUAAAUCUUGCCAGACAAUUUCCUUAAAAAGGUGAAAAGAUUAGUUAUCUUUAAAUAUUGUCUAUAAUUUUGUUUUAUUGAUAUUUCUUUUAAAGCUAGUUCACGUAUGUCUUCUGAAACCUGUGUUUACAACUCGAGUAUUGUCCUUUUGUAAAGCACACGUAUUCACAUUAAGUUGUGAUGUUUAUUAACCGUGGUAUUAUGUUGUGUAAAGAUGUAUUAUACUGCAGCACCAUAAUGCCUGGUCGUAUUCCCUUUAUGCAUUAUCAAUAAUGAACACCAAUAUUCUAUACACAAAAAGGAGCCAGUCUAAUUGUCCAGGCCUGUUGGUGAAAAACUAUAAUGGCUCUGUAGCGAAUUGCAUAUAGUUGCUUAAACAACCCAAAGUCACUAAGCACAGAAACACAUUGCUUAGCAGAAAACAGGUUACCAGCCAAGAAACAGUUUAUGUUUUUGUUAUGAUUGGACUGGUCUCCCUCGAACUAUCGCUAAACAAAAUUGAAAAGACUUUCUAUGAAACCAGGCUGAACGCUGCAUAGUCACAUGAUUCAUUACCUGCAUAAAUUGUGUUAAAAUUAAAAGUUAAAUAUAGACAUGCUUAACCAACACUUACAGUAAGUAAGGUGCGAGUGUACAAUCCUUCCAAGUGCAAUAAUACAAUCCAUUCAGAAUUGUAUGUUUUAGAGUUAAUUAUUCAUUUAUUGGUGUAUUUAUAGCCCACUUCAUAGAGGGUGCAGGACUUAAUCCUGUUUACAACACUCUAUUUAUUUACUAUUUACUAUUAACCCCCUCCUUUUAGAAGUUGUAAGGUGCACCAGUGGACCAUCAUUCCUUGAGUAAAUGCACCCCUACAGCUGUUGUUUUAAUUGUUUAUAGGUCUGACAUGGGUUCAUAAAUGGGUUUCAUUUCAAAUUCUGCGUCAGUUUAACCCGAUUCUGGGUCAGUUUUGACACACAUUCAGGUUCCUAUCCUGACCCUUGAACGGGUCAGGCACCACGGGACUCGGCAUCCGGGUCAAUUCUGACCCAUGAGGUUUUUUUUUACAGCAGAGAAGGUUAUGAAAGAAAGCGAAGACCUUAAUGUCACUGUUUUGUAAUGGGAUGGAUGAAUUUAAACUUAAUUAGUUACAAAUACGGAAUCAAGUGUUGGCCAACUGAAAAACAUUUUAUGAAAACAUUAAUUACAAUGUGACGAUUCCCUUGACCAAUUUGGAAAUGAUAUCUCUUAUUUUAUUUGUUCGUUAAUUGGGGGGGAGGGGUCAACAGUAGGUUUGCUCUAAGUUUCUAAAUUUAUACAUAAAUCUACUUGUUUGUAGAUUUUUCUGAAGGUUAAGAAUUAUUUAAGAAAAUAACUGUUUCAAUCUGGUUUCAAUAUGUCGACGUUAUUCAAAACUGUUUUACAGUGUUUUCACAUGAAUGACAUAUUUAUGACUUGUAACAAUUUUAAACAUUACUUAACAAAAAUACACCUCGGUCAGCAAAACAUGUCGUUAUAUAUUAAAUUUGGCUUGUAUUGCUUGAAUACGGAGUAAGAAAUCGUUU